CUGCAUAUCUGCACUUUUUCUUUUUCUUUCAAACUGGAACGUGAAUCAUACAAUGUGUUUCAACACGACGCUGACAUCUUGCGGCAACAAAAGCAACAACAGUUACAGCUCUUGCUCCCCCGCGUCUACCACAGCUACAACCAACCACAUGAAAUUAUAUGGCAUACAUCUUUCUCCAAAGUUUGAUGAAUGGCGUAUCGUUCCAUAUGCCAAGACAUUGCUAUUCAACUUCAAAACAAUCGAGUCAUCCGAGGAUGAAGCAAUUGCCGCUAUUGCGCAGUGCUAUGGCACGGACACCAUCAUGAGCGCGCGCAAACUCGACAGCGAUUUGGUCAAGAGCAAAGAAGAAUGGCUUGUCAUUGAGGUCAGCUUUAAAACAGAUGACGCGCGGGCCAAAGCCUUGGAAAGUGGAGGAAUGUGCUACAAGAACGAACUCAUUCUCCCUAUCACCACUUGCACUGCAACCGAUUCCAAGUACAUUGCCGUGUCCAUGUCUGGCCUGUGCCUGUUUCCCUCACGAGAAAUAAUUCAAGCACGCGUGCCGGAAUUCAUUCACGACAUUCUUGUCAAGGCAGGCUCGAGUUUGACAAAAAAAGACAUCAAGAGCCUGACCAUCGAAGAGGAUGAUUUGGGCUUGUACCGCGGCCGAGCUACGGUAAUCCUGCAAGGAUCGGAUCAGAACUUGGUUAACUGCUUCCGUAAUCCAGUUGCCUAUUACUUUGUUUCGGCCCCCAACUAUCCUAACACCAAAGUGCAAAUGCAAAAGUGUUACCUGUACUGUGACAACUGUGUUUCCGUCAAUGACCAUGCCACAAUUGAUUGCAAGUGUGUUUUGGAAGGCAGAGCCAAGCACGCCACUUCUGUCGCUACUGCUGCUGCUGCUGCUGCCGCUGAAGGCGAGCACAGCAAGGAGAAUGCUAGUAAUAAAAGCACGGAUAGUCAGGCUGGGGAUUGGGAACCAGUUCACAUUCAAAUGUUCGAGAAGCAAACCGAAGAAGACGAUUAGGAACAAGCUGCGUGUAAGACGAUCAUCCCAAGCAAUCCACAGUAUAACAAUUAUCCUAUUGAUUUUCUCUUCCCUCCAUCCAUUUCCAGAUACCAUCAGAAUAGCCAUCUUUUUGCUCCAAAAAAUCAAACCCUGUAAUAUGAUUUAACCUACUUUGCG